UUUUUGUGGGGUUAUAAAAUCCUCUGUAUUAUUGGAAUGGAGGCAUCUGGUGAAAGAGCGAAAAAUCACCAAACGGCUAUAAUAGACGUUAGAGAAGCAGAAGAAGAGGAAGAGAAAAGACGAUAAAAAAAGAAUUUUUUUUUGAAAAUCAUUGUUGAAACUUUACUGGAUUUUUGUUUGCUAGAUUUUCUCUCCUUAAAAAAUUUGGCCUUUUUCUUUUUUUUUUUUUUUCUGUUGUGGAGGAUUUUGAUCUGAACUCUGAAAAGGUUGGAGGCUUUAACAUCAACAUUUUUUAUAAAGUUUGGGUUUUAUUGAUUAGAAAGUGGUACUCUUUGUUGGAGUGAUUUAAUCAUGUCUGAUGGAUACUAUAAUUUCAAGAAGACUGAUGAUAUUUGUGAUGAAGUUUGUGGACAGCAGGCGUCCCGAGCUGCAUUGACCAUGUCUAGAUUGCGAUGCAUGUUGCGAGAGUAUGAUAUCAGGACUUGUGCUUUCCUCUUUAUGGUUAUCCCGCUAUUCAUCUUUGGCGUGUAUUUGCAUGGGCAGAAAAUCACCUAUUUCCUAAGACCACUAUGGGAAUCACCUCCUAAGCCUUUCCAUGAAAUCCCUCACUAUUAUCAUGAGAAUGUGACGAUGGAGACUCUCUGCAAUCUUCAUGGGUGGAAAAUUCGUGAGUCCCCUAGACGUGUCUUUGAUGCAGUGUUGUUCAGCAAUGAGAUAGACAUUCUUGCACUUCGUUGGAAUGAAUUGUAUCCAUACAUAACACAAUUUGUACUUCUUGAGUCCAACUCGACAUUUACUAGCUUACCAAAACCAUUGCUCUUUGCAAGCAACAGACAGCAGUUUAAAUUUAUGGAGCCUCGUUUGACAUAUGGGAUGAUUGGUGGGAGAUUCAGGAAGGGUGAAAACCCUUUCGUUGAGGAGGCAUAUCAGAGAGUUGCAUUGGACCAGCUUCUCAGAAUAGCUGGUAUAGAAGAUGAUGAUUUGUUGAUAAUGUCUGAUGUAGAUGAGAUCCCUAGUGCACAUACGAUUAAUCUACUGAGAUGGUGUGAUGAUAUACCGCCUGUCAUUCAUCUUCAGUUGAGAAACUAUUUGUACUCAUUUGAGUAUCAUGUAGACAACAAAAGCUGGAGAGCCUCAGUCCACAGGUACAAGACAGGCGAGACCAGAUAUGCUCAUUAUCGUCAAGCUGAUAUCAUCUUGUCAGAUUCAGGGUGGCAUUGUAGCUUUUGCUUUCGGUAUAUUAGUGAGUUUAUAUUCAAGAUGAAAGCUUACAGCCACACUGAUCGAGUGAGGUUCUCUCACUACUUGGAUGUCAAAAGGAUUCAGGAUGUAAUAUGCAGAGGCGCUGACCUAUUUGACAUGCUUCCUGAGGAAUACACUUUCAAAGAGAUCAUUGGGAAGAUGGGACCUAUCCCUCGCUCUUAUUCAGGCGUCUAUCUUCCUGCAUAUUUGCUGAAUAAUGCAGAGAAAUACAAAUAUCUUUUGCCUGGUAAGUGCAAAAGAGAAACUGGCUGAGUCUAGAAAAUGGUUGCUGUGAAGUCUUCAAUGUCAAGUUUUGCCUGUACCAGAAAAGGCUGCAUUGGCCAUUUUUAUGGCUAUACGUGUAGCAUUGAUAGAAGUAUACCCUUAUCCAAAAAAAUCUAGGCGAAUAUACUCAAGCUGGGUAGAACUUGAUGGGAUCUAUGACUGUCAGGGGAAACUUUCUAUAUGUCCCUCUUUCUGAAGUUGGUUUCUUCCAUUAUGGAGGCAUGUCCAAUUACCAGUCCGAGAGCUUGUUGUGAGAGAAGUAGAUUCACUGGUUUGCAAAGCUGACAUACCACCUCCUGGUAUGACAUUCCCCCUUGGAUUGCAUAAAUGGAAGAAUAACAAUUUCCCAGAUUUUUCCUUGAUGGAAAUUUCGUUUUUCUUGGACUAAUUUAUUUGUAUAUUCCUCUUACAAAGUAGUACUGACAAUAACUCGAUCAUCUGUAUCAUUUGACUCCUGUUGGUUCUUCCAUUGAGUAUAAUGCUGAAUCAUUGCUGUCUUAUUUUUUCCUUUUUGAAUGUUCCAACACGUUUAAGGUUAGCAUAAUGAGCAGACUUAUCUUUCCUGAAUAGGUGAAUUCUUCUUCCAUUAGAAUUUUAAUUCCUUAGCAUUAACAAUGAAAUCUCUGAAGGUUCACUGUUAAUCCUGAGUUCACAAGGUCAAGGCACCUUUCAAUCAUUUUGGCUGAAACUGCCCCUUGGGGGUUCAUAGGUUGAGGAGAAUUACUGAUUGAGCUUGCUUCAGAAACUGCCUUUGGGUGUUCAAGCCAUGGUUCCCCACCAAAUAAACAAAUAUUAGAAAAAAUGAAAGAAAACUUUUGAUUUCCCACUAAAAGUGCUGCAGUUUUUAGGCACUUCGGAGGUGGUAUCCACGUUAUAUUUCCUAUA